AUAGACCAAAGAGAGAUAUAGUGCGGCAUGAAGAGUCUAGUUGAGUAUGCCAGUGUAGUGGAGAGCCGUAAGCCUUACAUAGCAGUGCUCUUUAUACAGUUUGUGUAUGCAGGCAUGGCUUUGCUCUCCAAGGCUGCAACUGCGAGAGGAAUGAACCCUUUUGUUUUUGUUGUUUAUAGGCAAGCUUUUGCCUCAGUUGCAUUGGCGCCAUUUGCUAUCUUUCUUGAAAGCAAGAAGGCACCUCCCCUGUCAAAUGGUUUACUUUGCAAGAUCUUUUUAGUUUCCUUUUGUGGAUUAACUCUGAGUUUGAACCUCUACUAUAGUGCAAUCAACUAUACAACUGCAACAUUUGCAGCUGCAACCACUAAUACAAUUCCUGCCAUAACCUUUAUAAUGGCUGCCGCAUUGAGGAUGGAAACCGUUUCCAUAAAGCAUGUGCCUGGAAUUGCCAAGCUGAUGGGUUCGGCUACAGCUGUUUCUGGGGCUCUAGUGUUUGCUUUGGUCAAGGGACCACCUUUGAAAUAUAUGAACUGGAAUCAAGCCACUCCUAAUGAUCAUAUUCAAGACUCAUCAAUAAAGGGUUGUUGCUCUAGUGGAGAAUGGAUUAAAGGUUCCCUCCUGAUGAUCUCAGCCAACAUACUUUGGUCUUUAUGGUUUGUGUUGCAGGGUCCCAUUGUGAAGCAAUAUCCAGCCAAGCUUCGUCUUACUGCUCUGCAAUGCUUCUUUUCCUGCAUACAAUCAGCUUGUUGGGCCGUGGGUGUGGAGAGGAAUCCUUCAGGUUGGAAGCUUGGAUGGGAUGUUCAACUUUUGGCAGUGGCCUAUUGUGGCAUAACUGUGAAUGGAAUUUCUUACUGGCUGCAAGUUUGGACAAUACAGAAGAAAGGACCAGUUUUCGCCUCAAUGUUCACUCCAUUAGCACUCAUCAUUACUGCCAUUUUCUCUGUAUUCUUGUGGAAAGAAACUCUUCAUUUGGGAAGUGUUGGUGGGGCAAUUUUGUUGGUGGGUGGACUUUAUGGAGUAUUAUGGGGGAAGAACAAGGAAGAAGGAAAAAGUGUAACAAAUGAACACAAUGCAGAAGCUAAAGCAGAAAUCAAAUUGGAGUGCAUUACACAUCAGGAGAGGUGAUGAGAUGGAAAGAAAUUGUAGCAAAUGGCCCUUCUCAAAAAGCUCCACAAUCAUUCAUCACUUAGAGAGUCUCUCCUAUGUAACUGGCAAUUCCAUAGCUUGUGCUCCCGUCAAUUAUAUAUAUAAAGAUUUUUUUUUAUGUUUUUUCCCUUCAA